AUGGCAAUGGCGAGUUUUUCCAGACGAAAGGCAUCGACGCUGCUCUCAAAUCCUCUCUGCAACAAUUCCAAGUACUCUCUCUCUAUGGCCAGAGGCUUCGCUUCCUCGGGAUCUGACGAGAACGACGUCGUGGUCGUCGGCGGUGGACCCGGCGGCUACGUCGCUGCCAUCAAGGCCGCUCAGCUAGGCCUCAAGACCACCUGCAUCGAGAAGCGCGGUACUCUCGGCGGCACCUGCCUCAACGUCGGUUGUAUUCCUUCUAAGGCACUUCUUCAUUCCUCCCACAUGUAUCAUGAGGCCAAGCAUUCAUUUGCCAGCCAUGGUGUGAAGUUUCCUUCUGUUGAGGUUGAUCUACCUGCCAUGCUGGCCCAAAAAGAUAAAGCCGUGACUAAUCUAACACGAGGUAUAGAAGGCCUAUUCAAGAAAAAUAAAGUAAACUAUGUUAAAGGUCAUGGCAAGUUCAUUUCGCAUUCUGAGGUUUCCGUUGACACCCUUGAAGGCGAGAGCACUGUAGUAAAAGGCAAGAGUAUAAUAAUUGCCACUGGCUCUGAUGUUAAAAGCUUACCUGGGAUCACCAUUGAUGAGAAGAGGAUUGUAUCGUCAACUGGAGCUUUAGCUUUGUCAGAAAUUCCUAAGAAACUUGUGUCAUCCCCUAUUACACCAACCAAACGAAGUCAUCAGAUCGGGAGCCAUCUAUCCGAUAGGCCAACAAAGAGCAACGGUAUCAAUCAGAUCUCACGUACUCUUUCGUGGGCCGCAGCUACAGCAGAUCACAGCUAUUAUUAUGAAGAAUAA